UUGAUUUCCACACAUUGGAGCUUUAACACUUUUGUAGUGAGGAUCACAAGUCUCAAGUAGUGAACAGAUUAAGGAGGAAAAUAAACGCUGCAACACAAAACCAGGAAAAAUCAACCUCAGCAAAAAGUUCUUGUCUAUAAAUUAUAUGCUUUUCCUCUUUGUGUAUUCAGCAUGAAGUUUUUGCUGUUGCUGCUUUUCUGUCACAUUUCAUCUUCAGUAAAACACUCCAUGACUGUUUUCUUCACUGCAUCUUCUGGAGUCCCAAACUUCCCGGAGGUUGUGGCUGUUAUGCUGAAUGAUGAUGUGGAGGUUGGUUACUGUGACAGCAAACUCAAAACAGCAAUACCCAAACAAGACUGGAUGGAAACAUUAAGAGAUGAGGAUCCAAAGUACUGGAAGCUGUACACAGGGGAGUGCACAGUGCAUCAGCAACUAUUUAAAGAAGAAUUUCAUGCUGUGAAAAAGCGCUUAAACCAGACGGGAGCUGUCCACAUUUACCAGAGACUGACUUGUUGUGAAUGGGAUGAUGAGACUGACAAAGUCAGUGGUUUUAAUCUGUAUGGCUAUGAUGGAGAAGACUUCUUAACAUUUAACAUGGAGACACAAACAUGGAUUGGCCCUAAACCACAGGCUGUCAUUAUAAAACAUUUAUGGAACAAUGACAGUGCUCGAAAUAUCUUUUUUACAAAUUACAUCAACCAAGUUUGUGUUUAUAGACUAAAGACCAAUCUGAAGUAUGGGAUGAGCUUUCUGCUGAGAACAGAGCUUCCCUCAGUGUCUCUCCUCCAGAAGACUCCCUCCUCUUCAGUCAGCUGCCACGCUACAGGUUUCUACCCCCACAGGGCCAUGAUGUUCUGGAGAAGGAAUGGAGAAGAGAUUCAUGAAGGUGUGAAUCAUGGAGAAAUCCUGCCAAACCAUGACGGCACUUUCCAGAUGAGUGUUGACUUGGACCUUUCAACAGUGACACCUGAGGAGUUUGGGAAUUAUGACUGUGUGUUUCAGCUUUCUGGUGUUAAAAAAGACAUCAUCACCAAACUGGACAAAGCCAUGAUCAGGACCAACUGGGAGAAGCCCUUUGACACAACCAUUUCCAUCAUCUCUGCUGUGGCUCCACUUGCUGCCACCCUCAUAGUGGCUGCUGCUUUCAUUUGCAAAAAGAAGAAAGCUCCUGACAGCAUCUCUGAACUCUCUGAGAAACUGAAUCCAGAAGCCUGAUAAACACUCUGCAUACAGAAAAUUACCUUAGAA